AGAAGAAAAACAAAAAUCAAGAAGCGUGCUCGGAAAUCCAAAGCCAAAUUUGAAAUUACCUCAUGUGUUCGCGUUCUGGGUUGACCCACCCCUCCUUCCGUUUCCAGCACAAUCUCUAGUUUUUUUUUUCUUCGCUCUAUAGCCAAUUUGCAAUUGAAAUUGCAAUUUCACAAUCUCUCUCUCUUCUCGUGAGCUUUCUACGGUUUCGUCGAUCAACCCCUCUUGUUUUAUGGAGGUAUAGAUAGAUGAUGGGAAAACAUGUCUCAAGAGAGCACUUUCAACCCAGGGCGUGUUCUGGGAAGAAAGAGAAUUUAAAACAUACCGUGUUUAUUGAUGUAGAUGAUCAAGUUGAUGAUGUGGAUGUGGAUGUGACGAUCAUAGAUUACGAAGAGUUCAUGUCUAAAUUGCAUGGAUCUAGUGCGCCGAGUACAGACAGGGUAUGUACGCCACAGAGUGUUAUUAGCAUUGAUGAUGACGACAGCGACGAUGAAAGUGAUGAUGCAGAGAUUCCCGGAGUUGUUGCUGGAGGUGUUGGGGAAUUGGAUAGCGAUGCCUGUUCUAGUGAAAGGUCUUCUCCUGACCCAAGUGGCAUGCGGAAUUCUGUACACGUGGAUGUUGAUGAUGAUAGUGGUGUCUGUGAAAAGGUGACUGAAUCUGACAAGCUAAAAAGUAGGAAAGCAAGUUCUGCAAAUGGUAUUGGCGGAUGUCGCCAUGGUAUUGAUUGGGGUGACAGUGAGUCAUCAGAGAGUGAUUGCUCUGAUUGUGAACUCAUGGAUCGUGAACAGUGGGAAAAGAUUUCACUUAAGAGAAAGCGCAGUGCGUUUAAUGAUCAACCUUGUUAUGAUGAGCAUGGUAGUUCUUCUGGAUUACAUUGUAAUAAUAAUGUAUACGUUGAUGUUGAUGAGGAAAAUAUGACUGAAGAGAAUGCUGGAGGCCCAGCAUAUUCUGGUCCCACCCAUGGUGAAUAUGUUAAGGAGAAUCAAUCUUCCUUUUCUGUUAGAGGUGAUAGUCAAGUAGAUAAUCAAUCUUCCUUUCCUGUUAAGGGUGAUAGUCAAGUAGAAAAUUUUUUCAUGGAUUCUGAUGAGAAAGCCGAGUGGGAAACUUUUAAAUCUUCUUUGUUUGAAUCUACAGAGGAAAUGAAAUCAUUGCAUCAAAGUUCUGAUAUUGAGCAUGGAAGAAGUACUAGAAGCAAAGAUUUCUCUACCUACACCCAGUAUAAUAAUAACUACAAUUUCUGUAGAGCUGUUACUGGUGUUUCAAGGAGCCAAGAAGCAUGUGAAAGGCAGUUUAGCAAUACUGGAUCUACACUGAAGAGCAACUUAUUUGAUUUGAAUUCUGAAUGUGCCUCUGAUGAUGAAGGACAGGUUAAUUGUGAUGGGCUUGCUUCAAGUGAUCAAGAUUGUGGUCUUAUUGCUUCAAAUGAUCAAGAUUGUGGUCUUACUGCUUCAAAUGAGAAAGAUAUAAUUAAUGAAAGAGAAAAGCUUAAGGAGACUGAUGAAUAUAAACAAGCAAUGGAAGAGGAAUGGGCAUCUAGGCAGCGACAAUUGCAAAUUCAGGCAGAGGAAGCACAGAGGUUACGCAAAAGAAGAAAGGCUGAAAAGCGUUUACUGGAUAUGCAAAGAAGGCAAAAAGAACGCAUUGAAGAAGUGAGAGAGACACAGAAGAAGGAUGAAGAAGUUAUGAACCUGAAAGAGCAAUUGCGGGUUGAAAUACAGAAGGGGCUUAAUCAAUUGGAGAUGCGAUGCCAUGAUAUGCCCUCACUGCUUCGUGGCUUAGGAAUACAAGUAGGAGGAAGCUUUAUCCCUUUGCCAAAUGAGGUGCAUGCAGCCUAUAAACGUGCCUUGCUUAAGUUUCAUCCAGACCGUGCAUCAAAAACUGACGUACGUGCACAGGUUGAGGCUGAGGAGAAGUUCAAGCUCAUCUCUCGCUGGAAGGAAAAGUUUGCGAUGACUUCAUGUCACUAAAUGCUAACAACCGAAUAAAUAUGGUUGUUGGUAUUUGGUGUUUUAAUUGAAGUGUUUUUACUUCAAAGCUUAUUUGUUGGUAUUCUUAUCUAACUGUAUCUAUUAGUCUCCCCUCCUUUGCCCCCAAAAUUUACAGAAGAUAAUAGGUUAAUGGACUAGAAUAUGUGAAAGGUUUUAUUUCUUAUAAAAAUGCCAUUUUUUCCGGAUGGACAGUAUAAUUGAUAUUACUGUCCUCACCUUGAUA